AGAAAACGAGGCGUGGCUUAACUAUCACAUGCCCAUCGACCUCUUUGUUGAUUGAUUGGACGUCAGACUUGUCUCCAUUCUUAUUAGUGUUCUAUGAUAUGUUUCAACUGUCAUUCAUCCCCACCUCUCGUUUGUGCGUCCCGCUUUUUUCAAGGGUCGUUUGUUUUUCCCGGUUAUCUUGUGCACCUAUUUGAUUCAUUAUAAUUUUGUAUAUUCCUCUUGUUACCGAGCUUUCACGAGUUGUAAAUUGCGAUUUAGAAAAAAGUAAUGGAUCCAAGCAAGCAAUCAACCUCGAAAGAGGAGACUGCCGAACAGACCGCAGAGGCACUGAGGCAAUCCCAGCAACAGAGACAACGGCCCUCUCGUUACCCUGUUACCCAUAGUUGCUCUACUGGGUAUUUAAGGAGCGGAUUUCGCGCUGCAUUUUUCUCCAGAAUAAGAGUAAAUAGAAGCCGGAGUAUUGACAGAUUGAGACAAAUUGUUGAGGGCUAUGGGGAGGAGCUCCCAUGCACGUCUGUUUCAGAUUUGCGAAUAACACUGCUUAAUGAUCCGGAGGCAUCUGCCCUGUUGACAGACACAGACGUUAAUGACUUCUUACAGGUCAUUGAUCACGAGAUGGCACAAAUGGCCUUAGAUGACCAAGUGCUCAAACACGAGCAGGAAGCUAAGAAAGAGACUGAAGAUAUAGUUGACCACCAUCUGCAUCCUUGCAAAAUCUGUCAGCAGAUGUGCACGGAUGAAAAUGAGAUAUGUGCAGCCUGCCAGACCAACAUCAGCAAUGACAUGACGAACUCUUAAACAUCAUUUGUUCCAUGUGUUGAUGAUGUAAGGGCAUCAGAUGGUGAGGUAGUUAGUUUUUUCAACCAACAGGGUAAUUUUUAGCUUUUUGUUUGUCCGCAUAUGAGCCAUUGAAAGCCAGGAUGGUCCAAGUCACAAAUAGACGUUUCCGAGAUAUAAGGCUUUAAAUUUUAGAUGCGGCUGAUAAAUGUAGAAUAAUAAAACUGCAGAUUUAAAUCAGGAUACCCUUAAAGGGACUGUAGGGGGGUGUUACAGUACCUCCCAAUUUUGAUAUUGUAUCGAGCGUGACUUAAUAUGCGAAUCUGGCUCUCUAAGGCGCUUUCGUCCCAACCGCUUGGAUUUGAGGAUUACUAAAAGUGAAAUUAUGUUACGAUCAGAAUUUUCAGUGAACAAUGGAUUUAAUUACCUGAUGAUGUCGAUUCAAACAGCUCAGAAUUUUCCUCUUUCAGCGUCGCUCAAAAAAUGAUUGCAAUAUUUUGAUAACACCCUUGAUUGCAGAAUCAAAUCUGUAGUCUAACCUUAAUGUGUCUUAAUAUUAUUUUUAUUUAUUGUUUAUAAGGACUUGUAUCAAUCGAACAAAAAUUGUCAAUGCUUGAAUACAGUAAUAUGUAGUGUGUUAACGAGAGCUUUGCAUCUGGUGGUCGCCACCUUUGUAUGGGGCAACAGAAAGAUCAUUAUGUUAAUUUCACUAGGUGCAAAGAAAAUCAAAUGGUCUGAUACUAGGAUUAUACGAGUAUGAUCCUUUAGAUUUAAGAUCGAGUAUACUUCAGCCCCAGAAGCACCCAACCAUAGUCAUACUCUCUUCUAGCUGUGUUCAACGACAAGAUUUUUACAGAUCUAAUCAAUAUGAGAAAUAGAAAUUUAUCUUAAGAUCAAAGCUGUCAAGGUGUUUACAAAGGGCUGAAGUUACCGAAGUGAUUAUUUAUGUGAUUUGUUAGCCUUAAAGGCCCCCAUUCAGUAUUACCACUGUUAACGAACGUUUGUGAUACAAUUCGUGAUGUUUCAUAUCGAAACCAAAAAUAAAAUGAAUGAAUAUUC